AUGGCCAGCGACCUGGCAAUCAGGGAACGUCUUACUAGGAUCUCCCGAUCGAUUCGGGUAGUUUUGCGCUGCCUCGGGGGAAACAAGGAGUCGCAAGAGGGUUCGCAGCGUGCAUUGCUGCUCCUCUGUGAGCUGCUAGAUCUUCUUUGUAGACUCCAGGAUCAGUUAGCAUGGGCCGAGGAAAAAUGGAUCGUGGACGCCUCACGGCUACACAACCUCGAUGAUGUCCUUCGUUCCUUCGAGUCGACUAUUGACGCAAUCGACAUCUACUUCCAGCCGGGUGGUGUCAGUGCGCGGCUGUAUCGGAAACGUCUGCUGGAGAACACAUUCAUGCCAAGACUGGAACAGUUCAAGGUGAUGAUCAUUUUGACUUUGCAGCCAGAGUCUGAGCGAUUAGAUUCAACACGUGCGAAUACUCCAAAAUGCGAAGAUUUUUAUCAUUUUACGAGCAGGAUGACUACAAAGAGCUUCAUGAGACUUGCGGAAUUGUGCAAUCAGCGACAAAGAGGCACGUGUGACUGGAUUUUGGAUAACGAGAAAUAUACCGACUGGCUUUUCGGCACCCGUCGAAACCUUUACUGUGUUGGCCCAGCUGGGGCUGGGAAAACAUUCCUUGCUUCCACCAUUAUCGACAACCUUCAGAGGACAUUUACCUCUUCAGACGUUGCUAUCGUCUUUAUAUUUGGUCAUGACGAGACUGAGGAACGAGCAAACUCGAUAGGGUUCCUAGACAAAAUGCUCGCUCAGCUCGUUUACCGCAAACGAACUCCGUCCCACGCAACUGCCUCCCUGUAUAGAUCAAAAGCAUUUGAAGAAGGAAGAGCAUCCGCAAAGUCAUUUCAAGAUGCCAUUCGUGCGGAGGUGAACCGAUUCUCCCGAGUUUUCUUCGUGAUAGAUGGGAUCGAUCUGCAGUCAGAUAAGGAUCGAAUCCUAAACCGUCUUCAAAAGCUCCCUGAACAUGCACAGCUCCUUGUCACUAUGCGAGAGGAGAGAACCGCUUCAAAGGAUGAUCAUCUCUUUGUUCUUGCUAUUCGUGAAGAUCUCGAAACAUACGUUGGCUCUCGUGUUGAGCAAGAUGAAGCAUUGGGCGCUCUUUUGAAACAAUACCCCUCUGAAUUAAAAGCCGCCAUUGUACAACAGGUAGCUGAAAAGUCCCAUGGACUAUUCCUGUUGGCUCGAUUGCAUGUCGAUUUGUUAUCGCGUUGUACAGAUGGGAACUUGCUGCAGAGAGCAAUUUUUCAUCUUCCCGAGAACCUGAAUGAUGCAUAUGGCGAGACGAUGACCCGACUCGUAAGUCAGAAUCUCUAUGCAAGCCGUUGUCUAUACUGGACAUUAUAUGCUUGUAGGCCUUUGACGGUCUCGGAAUUAAACUUUGCGGCGAACUUCGAGCCUCUUGGUGGCACUAUCCGCAAGGAGUCCUUCUCGGAGCAUUCUAUGUUACAUGAGGCCGCUGGGUUGCUCACAAUUGAUCCGAUGAUUGGUACUGUUCAUUUGGUCCAUCGUACUGCGAGUGAAUACCUCAGUGGACCGGCAGCUAGAGUGUUCUUCCCAACAGCUAAAAAGCACAUUGCUGAUACGUGUCUCACAAUCAUUACCUCUGAUGAGGUUGUCGACGAAUGCUACGUGACCCAUGAAACAAAUCCUCGCAAGCUCCGCGGUGGUUUACUUGACUACGCUACCAUGUACUGGGGCUAUCACGCUCGAGAUGUUGGUGAAGAUGAACAAACAACACAGGUUCUCAUUCGUGCUUUUCUCAACAAGCUUUGCUGGAGGCGUCCACCAGUCCAAGGGAACCAUUUCAAUGGCUCUGAGAUUCCAAAGCAGCUUGGGUUUGGGGGUUACUUUGCUGAUUGGAGUGCUUUGCAUGUUCUUGCCUUCUACGGUAUUGUUGGCAAGGCAAAACGUCUGAUUGAACAAGGCGCCAAUAUCAAUGAUUGUGAUAAUCAACUUGGCAUGACUCCUCUGCAUUGUGCAGUCAAUAGAGGACACGAAGAUAUGAUUGAGCUUCUGUUCAAGCACAAUGUUGAUUUCAAUGCAGCCUGCAAGCAGGGAAAUACUGCUUUACAUAUGGCUGCCGAACAAGGACACCGGAAAAUCAUCCGAACGUUACUCCAUCAUCGGAUCAACUCGAGAAGUUUCAACCAAUCAGGAGCAACUGCACUUCAAUUGGCCGUUGGAACUGCCUAUGAUGAAGCGACUGUUCCGCUAUUGAUCAAAAGCCGGUUCGACAUGGAUGUUCAAAACACCAUCACAGGAAACACUGCUCUUCACCUUGCAGUUGAAUUGAAACGGCCACGAAUCCUUUUAUUUCUGGUUGAGAAGGGCGCCAAUAUGAGUGUUCUGAACAGACAUGGCAGGACUCCACUUCAAUUAGCCUGCAAAAUUGACAACUGUGAGGCAGUCUCUCUUCUGCUCGAACGUGGUGCUAAACUGGAGGAUCGGUCUUCACACGGAGACACCGCCCUUCAUAUCUCUGCAAUGGAGGACCUUCUCGGUAUUGGCGGCGCUGAUAUCAAUGCAUGGGAUAGAAAAGGCGAGUCGUUGCUUCACAAACAAGCCCGAAAAGGCUGCACUGUAUCUAUCGCUUCGCAUUUGCUUGAGAAAGGUGCAAACAUUGAAGCUUGCAAUUCCCAGGGGUAUACUCCUCUGCAAUGUGCCGCCUUAACAGGCAACAAACUCAUGUUCAAAUUUUUGAUGGAUAAAGGGGGAAACUCUUCUUCACAUCACCCCCCUUCUAACCAGGGUUACCUCGACAUUCUAACCCUUCUCCUGGAACUACAUUUGAGCGCCAAUGCGACAACAUGCAGUGGAAUGACUCCUCUCCAUCACCUCAUUGUCAACCAAAUGGGGUAUUGCGAUCCAUCUUCCGAUAAAACGACAGAUUAUCUUUCCCUCCUUCUUUCUCACGGUGCCAACAUCGACGCCCAGGUACGCUCUCCAGAUGCUGAAACGGCUCUUCAUCUUGCAGUGGCGGCCAAGAUGCCUCGCGAGUCUAUUAUUUUAUUCCUCGUCAAAAGCGGCGCCUCUCUCAAUGCAAAGACAGCUGAUGGCAAAACGCCUUUGCAUCUAGCAGCAGAGCGUGGCCGACACAGUAUAUUCCAGGUUUUGUUGGAUGCUGGUGCAGAUGCUUUGAUAAAAGCGCCCUCUGGCUCUUUGAGCAGUGUAGGAACUGUCGGCGACGGUGAUACGGCUCUGGAGUUAGCCCAACAGCAUCCUAUCAGCGUGCUCUGGUUUGACGAGUUAGGCAAACCCAAUCAUUCCACUCCAGAUACCGGGCGCGGAAGUAUCGCCACCUCCAUCGACGAAAUCGAGAUUGGAUCCGAAUUUGAUGAAAUUGGGUCGACUCUGGUCGGCGAGGACGGAUCUGCCUCGGGAUCAAGAGCAUCAACCUCGUCCAUGAACAACCCGUCUGUCGUUUCUUGCUGA